CAUGAAAAUUACAGCCUAAAUGAUCACGCAGCCUAUUUUUUUGUAUUUGUUGUUGUAAUAAACAGGGAACACUACUAGAUGGUACCAUAAUUGCUGUUAAACAGCUUUCGUCCAAGUCAAAACAAGGAAACCGUGAGUUUGUUAAUGAAAUUGGAAUCAUCUCUGGUUUGCAACACCCAAAUGUUGUUAGACUUUAUGGAUGCUGUGUAGAAGGACAUCAGCUUCUACUUGUAUAUGAGUACGUGGAGAACAACAGCCUUGCCCAUGCUCUAUUGGGUCCUGAAGCAUCACGACUGGCAAUAGACUGGCCAACCAGGCAAAGAAUUUGUGUUGGGAUAGCCAAAGGUUUAGCUUUCUUGCACGAGGAGUCAGCUCUAAAAAUCGUCCACAGGGACAUAAAGGCUGCUAAUGUACUCAUUGACAAAAACCUCAAUCCAAAAAUUGCAGACUUUGGUUUGGCCAAACUUGAUGACGAGGGGAACACUCAUAUCAGCACUAGAGUUGCGGGAACAAUUGGAUACAUGGCCCCUGAAUAUGCAUUAUGGGGCUACUUAACCUACAAAGUUGACGUGUACAGCUUCGGUGUUCUGACGCUAGAAUUAGUGUCUGGAAUAAACAACAUGAAGUUCCGUCCUGAUGAGGACUACGUUUGCCUACUUGACUGGGCCCUAGUUCAACAAAAGAAGGGGAAUUUGCUGGAGCUGGUGGAUCCCAAUCUGGGAUCAAGUUUUAACAGGGACGAGGCACUGAGAAUGAUCAAAGUGGCACUGCUGUGCACUAGUCCGUCUCCGGCGCUUCGACCAACCAUGUCUGCAGUGGUGCGCAUGCUUGAAGGUGACGCUGAUGUCAGCGAGCUCAGCUCGGAUGCAACUAUGUAUGGGGAUGAGUACAAUUUUCACGCACUUAGAGAAAAGUAUUCUGGAAUGCAAUCUUUGUCGUCCGUGACCAACGGAUCGGUGAAGACAGAAAACACGAAGUCGGACAAACGGCUAAAUGGGGAGGAAGAGGCGAAAUUGCUGAGGUCGGGGGUGUCGGAUAAGGUGGUGGAAUUGCAAUAGCCAACCCACUCCUAUAAUUUCUUGCAGAUUUGCGACAUUUGACCAAUGUUCUCAUAAUCCUAUUAGAGAGAGAAAUGGGUCAUGAGUUAACCAGUCGUAUCGGGUCAAUUAUACAGUCAACGUAUUGGUAAUGAUAAGUUAGUAUUCUUUUUUUUUAGGACUCCUGUCACUAUUCUUUUAAGUGUUAUACUCUGUACCAAGUAACAUUCCACGCAUACAUUUAGUUGAUUGAAAAACGAAAAGAAUUAGAGGAUCUGUUUGAAUUCCAUUUUAGCAUAAAAUUUGGGUUCUAUU